UGUUGGGGAAUUGUUCCUCCGACGGACACAAAAAGCAUUUCCUUUCCUGUGCAGUAACCUGCGGUUCUUGUGUGUUCGUUGUUUAUUUAUAUAUAAUCUUACUCAUGGUGUGGAGGUUACGUUUUUAUUUUUAGUGAAUAAAUCCUCGAGGAGCGGCUGAGAAUGAACCCCGUCCUCCGGAAGAUACAGGUGUGUGUCCUGAGCCAGGCGCUCACAUCCUGCAGGCCGUCUCCGCCCGUCCAUCAUGCUGGGAGGCCCAAUGAGCGGCUGCACAGAAGCAUGCCGACCCACAGCAUCGGCAGGUGGAGGAACCUUUUACCCAAACAAGCACCUAAGAAGAAGAAGGAGAAGCAGCAGAUGAAGCAGAUCCUGGCAAACACCAGCACGGCGCACGGCACUCUCAACGUCAACGUGUCCGGCCAUGACAUGACCCUGGUGGAACAUUACUCACAGUACGUGCACAACCUCUGCAACCGGCUGGGCAUCAAGGUGGCAGACAGCUACGCUUUGCCAACAAAGAGUAUGGAGGUGAUGCUGAUGCAGGAGCAGGGAACCAAGACGUACGUGGACGCCGUCCUGAAGACUCACCAGCGGGUGGUCCAGCUGAGCAGCCUGAACGCGGCGCUGAGUCCCAUCUUCAUGGAUGUUCUUCUGAGGAAUCAGCCAGAAGGAGUUCAGCUCUGCGUGAAGGAGCACACAGAGGCAGAUUUCCAGGCUCGUUUUAAGGCACGGCCGGAACUGGAGGGGCUCAUGUCUCAGAUGAACCAUUAGGACCAGCUCCCCACCGACCUGCAGAUUCCACGUCAGAAGAUAAAUGUCUGAGCUUGUUAUCUUCCUGUUUUCACCUCCAUGUCCAAUAAAACAACAGAACAUUCA